UAGUGGUCACUGUGAUUGGCUGACUGCAGCUAGACAACUAUUUUAAAAAUUGUUCUGCUGUGAUAACCUUGCGUUAAAGGACCAAAACCGAUUUCACAUGAUUUUAAUACAUGAUCGGAAUAUUUGGUAUUUAAAAGUAAAACGUUUUUCACCUCUAUCACCGAUCCAGGCCAGGAGAGUUCGCUUUCUAAACCGAAGGCUUUACCAUAGAAGAAGAAACGCAGACUCAAGCUAGUGAACUAGCCUAGCUGCGGAACAUUAUUUUGUCGAAAUAUGGCUACUGUGCUCCCCAUUAGACCACCUUGCGAUAGUAAUCCUGCCACCCCAGGAGCGCAAUCUUUAAAGGAGGAUGUAAUAGAGGAAGUGUCCAAUGAUGGCAGCCAACCUAAGAGAAGGAGAAUGGGUUCGGGGGACAGCUCUCGAAGUUGCGAUACCUUCAAUCAAGAGCUUGGGCCAACAUAUUUCCCAGCAGAAAACCUGACGGAGUACAAGUGGCCUGCUGAUGAAACAGGAGAAUAUUACAUGCUGCAGGAGCAGGUCAGCGAGUAUCUGGGAGUGACGUCAUUCAAGAGGAAGUAUCCUGACAUGGAAAGGAGAGACUUGUCCCACAAGGAGAAGCUCUAUCUUCGUGAGCAGAAUGUCAUCACGGAGACACAAUGCACUCUGGGCCUCACAGCUCUGCGGAGUGAUGAAGUGAUCGAUCUAAUGAUAAAAGAGUAUCCCACCAAACACUCAGAGUAUUCAGUCAUUCUGCAGGAAAGGGAGCGACAGAGAAUAGCUAAAGAGUACUCUCAAAUGCAGCAGCAGAACCCUCAGAAGGUGGAGGCAAGUAAAGUUCCUGAGUACAUAAAGGAGGCAGCGAAAAAAGCUGCAGAGUUCAACAGUAACUUCAACAGGGAGCGAAUGGAGGAGCGGAGAGCGUACUUUGACCUCCAGACUCAUAUUAUUCAGGUGCCACAAGGCAGAUUCAAGGUGUUGGCUCCGGAGCUGACCAGAACAGGACCUUAUCCUGUUGCUCUCAUUCCAGGACAGUUCCAAGAUUAUUACAAAAGGUACUCUCCCAACGAGCUUCGUUAUCUGCCCUUGAACACAGCUCUGUUUGAGCCUCCACUGGACCCAGAGCUCCCAGCUCUGGACUCUGAGCCUGACUCAGAUGAUGCUGAGGACGGCAAGGAUGUAAAGAAGAACAAGAACUCGUCUGACAGCUCCUCAGGUAACACAUCAGAUAUGGAGAGCCAGGAGGGAGGAGGAGGAGGCCACAAGUCCAAAGUCAAAGACAGGACAUCAAUGCCAGGCAAAGACCAACGCCAUUCUUCCUCCUACAAAGCCACCCCUGGGUACAAGCCUAAGGUCAUUCCCAGUGCUAUGUGUGGCAUUUGCCUGAAGGGUAAAGAGGCCAACAGGAAAGGCAAACCGGAGGCUCUUAUUCACUGCUCCCAAUGUGAAAACAGCGGCCACCCGUCCUGCUUAGACAUGAGCGAGGAGCUGGUGCGCGUGAUCCAGACCUACCGCUGGCAGUGCAUGGAGUGCAAGACGUGCACCGUGUGCCAGCAGCCACACCACGAGGACGAGAUGAUGUUCUGUGAUAAGUGUGACCGGGGAUACCACACCUUCUGCGUCGGCAUGGACCUAAUUCCUACAGGUCAUUGGAUUUGUGACGUUUGCGGCAAAAAUUUCACCGCACCCAGGAAAAAAGGCGGAGCCAAAACACCUAAGAAGUCAAAGUCAGCUCAGAAAGGACCCAUGUGACGAUGGAAGCUUCUUUAACCGUAACCCAAACACAGGCGCUUUUAUUCAUUUAUGUUUUUACAGAUGAAUUACUUAAAAGUGAGAAUAUUUCAUUUCUUUUUACCAAACUGUUGGCCUUUGCAUUACCAUGACCUGGAUGACUGAGAAUCUCCUUCAGCAACAUUUCACCUGUUUUUGUAACUUACGGAUGUGAUGAGAUGGGCAUCAGCCUUGCUGUUCUGUUGAAUUCUGACUUUGUCAUAAUCAUUAUCACAACAUUCCUGCUUCAGAAACCCAAUGAACUUUACGUUUUCUAUCUCAAAAAUGUUUUACUCUUAAAAACUUUGCUCUGGGAAAUCAUUUCAGGUACACAACUGGUGCUUUUGGUCCUGUACUACUGAAAAUUUCAGGAUUUUUCAAAUUAUUUUAUAUGUAAAAUUACUUUUUGUAUUUUAUUAUUUUUAGUUAGGUUUUUUUUGUUGAAAUUAUAUUUUAUAAUACCACAGCAGUAAAGGGUUUAUUAUGCUUCAGAUCCUGUGACAAAGAUAAGCUGUUGAAUGUUAAAAACACAUUUCAGCUCUUUGCUGCUCUUGGCUUAGAAAACUAACCACUUGUAUUUACACUAAAAUUAGUACAUCAAUGUGAACGUGUUGGAAUUUAAUUUUAGCUUGUGAUGUUUAAAAUUUAUUUGUUUUUUGCAUUAUUUUCUAAUGUUAAUGAAAUUAUUUGAUAAAUGUUUUUUAUGUCAUGAUCUUUGAAAUACUUUUCCUUUUAUACCAAUAAAAGACGCUUUUAAAGGCUCUUCUUUACUUUAA